CCACAGUACAGCACCAUGACUCUACCCUGGUAUUACAUUGGAGGAUUGGCUGCUAUCAGCUACCUCAUCGUCAGGAGCAUCUAUCGACUUUACUUCCACCCUCUCAGCAAGUUUCCCGGGCCAAAGCUAGCCGCCCUGACCCACCUGUAUGAAAUCUACUAUGAUGUAGUCAAAGGCGGGAGGUAUCUCUGGGAGAUGCAGAGAAUGCACGAUCAAUAUGGCCCCAUUGUGAGAAUCAAUCCGCGUGAGCUCCAUAUCAAAGAUCCCUACUAUUUUGACGCCAUCUAUACCGGAAAAAGGCAAGCGAAGGACCCAUACAUAGUCAGAACGUUUGCCACUCCCCAGUCUACCGCCGCCACAGUCGAGCAUGAUCGUCACCGCUACCGUCGAGAAUUGGUGAACCCCUUUUUCUCAAAGCGGUCCGUCAUGGCCAUGGACCAUAUCGUCCAGGGUAAAGUAGAUAAGGUAUGCGAUCGACUCACACAGGCGAACGAAAAGGGAACUGUAGUCUCCUUGGACGACUUAUUCGCCGCGUUAACGGCAGAUGUUAUCUCUCACUAUGCAUACGGGGAGAGUCUGGGCUUUCUUGAUAUAAACAAUUUGAAGAAUGAGUUUCGCGACGCCGUUGCCUCUGCAGGAUUCCUCUGUCACUUCACACGUUUCUUCUUCGUCGUGCAGAUGAUAGCAGAUGCCGUGCCCGGACUGAUCGAAUGGAUGCAACCGAGCUCAAGGGGACUGUUUGAAGCCAAACGCAUGAUCGAACAAAUGGCCAAAUCUGCGAUCGAAAAAGACCACGUCACAGAUGCACAUUCGAGGAAAACGAUAUUUGACGCCCUCUGUGACGGCUCAGUGCGACCCGAGGAGAGAACGGUCCCCAGGGUUUGCGAUGAGGCGAUGGUUAUUUUUGGUGCAGGUACAGAGACUACAGCCAGAGUGCUAACAAUCGGGUCCUACUUCCUUUACCGGGAUGGACCGCGUUUGGAGAAAUUACGAGCAGAGGUAAAGACGGUCAUGCCGAGCCCAACCAGCCACGUCCCUCUGGUCCAGCUGGAGCAGUUGCCGUAUUUAACCGCAGUUAUAAACGAGUCUCUCCGCAUGGCGCAUAGUGUAACGCUGCGAUUGCCGCGGGCUUCACCAAUGGCAUUGGCGUAUGAGGACUAUAUCAUUCCUCCAGGGACACCAGUCAGCCAGUCUAUCUACUUCAUGCACAUGGACCGGACCAUUUUCCCUAACCCGGAAGCAUUCAAUCCGGAACGAUGGCUGGAAGCAUCGAGCAAGGGUGAACGACUAACUAAAUUCUUAGUUCCCUUCUCAAAAGGCUCCAGGAUGUGCCUGGGAUUGAACCUGGCGUACUCCGAGCUAUACCAGAUGUUUGCUUCCCUAGUUCGUCGCUUCGACCUAGAUAUCCACAACACGCCACCAGAGAAUAUUCGUAUAACGCGAGACUUCAUAAUUGGAUUGCCCGAGUCGGAUUCACUUAAAGUGCAUAGUCUGGUCGCUAAUGCUCUGUAA